CCUCCUUUCCACAGUUGGGGAAACCCAGCCCCAGAAUGGGGAAAUAAGAGUGCAGAGCAGAAGAGACAUGUGUGCCCCCUGACCACUCUCUGUUUUCUGUCCUAGUAUACCCAUAUAUAAAAUGGGAACCAUUAAUAACAACAACAACAGAAAUGAUACAGUCAACCUAGCGGGCUUCCCUAAGGAUCUGGGUAGGAAACCAGAGGGGGGCUCUCUGUGAAUUAUAACCCUUCAGGCAGUUGCAGUUUUGGGUGGUUGUCACUACUACGUCCCAAAUCCUGGCCAGUCCUUCUGCCAACUGAGACCAUGAGUUUCCUUUUCUCCAGUUCUAUGGAAGGUUCCACUGAAAUGCGGCUCUAGUCUUCUACCCUUUUGCCAACCAGAGCUGGUCGGUUCUGUGACAUCCCACCCCAACCUCGCUUAGAGGUUCCAAUGAGGAUUCUGGGCAUCAAGAGGCAGCAUUGUGUCCAGAACAGAAGAAAUAUAAAAGCAAACCAUCCCAGACAUCACCAUCUGACCAUCAGUCUCAGCGUCACCAUGGUGGCCUCAGAGCUGCUUCUGGUGGCUUUGCUGGCCUGCUUGACUAUAACCGUCUUGAUGUCUGUCUGGCGGCAGAGGAAGCUCUGGGGGAAGCUGCCUCCUGGACCUCCUGCAUUGCCCUUCAUCGGGAACUACCUGCAGCUGAACACAGAGCAGAUGUACCUCUCCCUCAUGAAGAUUAGAGAGCGCUAUGGUCCAGUGUUCACCAUCCACCUGGGGCCCCGGCGGGUCGUGGUGUUGUGUGGACAUAAGGCUGUGAAGGAGGCUCUGGUGGACCAGGCAGAGGAAUUCGGUGGGCGAGGCGAGCAGGCCACCUUCAACUGGCUCUUCAAAGACUAUGGAGUGGCCUUCAGCAAUGGGGAACGGGCCAGGCAGCUCCGACGUUUCUCCAUCGCCACCCUGAGGGACUUUGGCAUGGGCAAGGGCAGCAUCGAGGAGCGCAUCCAGGAAGAGGCUGGCUUCCUCCUUGAGGCAUUUCGGGACACGCACGGCGCCUUCAUCGACCCCACCUUCUUCCUGAGCCGAACUGUGUCCAAUAUCAUCAGCUCCAUUGUCUUUGGGGACCGCUUUGACUAUGAGGACAAAGAGUUCCUGUCACUGCUGCAUAUGAUGCUGGGAAGCUUCCAGUUCACAGCUACCUCUAUGGGUCAGGUAACUGGUCCCAGCCCGGCUUUACUGUGUCCCUACCACAACCUGCCAACUGCUCCCCCACAUGGAGACAGGUGCCCCAAACGCCCAUCCUUUUCCAGACAGGGUCCCCUCAAAACCAGCCUUCUCUCUUGGACAAUUAAACAGUUGCACCAGAACCCAUGACAGGGACCCAAUAUCCAGUCUAAAAUACCUGGAUAUCUCAACUAAUACUAUCCCUACCAAAAAGAAAAAAGAAAAAGAAAAAGUAAAGAGAAGGAAGAAAGAAAAGGAGGGAGGGAUGGAGGGAGAGGGAAGGGAAGGAAGGAAGCAACCUGCAGGCAACAUGUCUUCAACCCAGUUCUCUCACCUGUGCAAAUGUUUCCAUUCUAAUUUACCUAAUAUCUAACAGGUGCUUCCUGUUAAGGUUUUUCAUCUGAAUUUCUUUUUUUAUUUUUAAGUAUUUUAUUUUGCUAUAUUAUACUUCUACUAAUCAUUAUUACUCAAGUAAGCUUUUAAAAAAAUCUAU